AUGGCUCCUAACGAUAAACAAAACGGAAAUAUCUUCGAUACUGCUAUCGACAAUGCCAAGGUCGGAAUUGAUAAUGUGCGCGAGAAGUACAACGAAGCUACCAAGACGGAGGAACAGAAGGAAGCAGAGAAAACCACCACUGACAAGCUUGCUGACAAAAUCACAGACGUCCGUGAAAAGUAUAACGAAGCCACCAAGUCUGAUGAACAAAAGGAAGCAGAGAAAGGCGUUACUGACAAGAUUGGUGACAAGAUUACAGAUGUACGAGAGAAGUACAACGAAGCCACCAAGUCUGAGGAACAAAAGGAAGCAGAGAAGAGCACUACUGACAAGAUUGGUGACAAAAUUGCAGACGUAAAAGAGAAGGUGAAGGAAGCCACCAAGUCUGAGGAACAGAAGGAAGCCGAGAGGAAGAAUACCAAUGAACAAACGAUUGGUGAAUCUGUGACGGAAGCCUUGGCGGUAUAA